UAACUAUAGUUGCUCAUUUUACUUAUUUUCAUGGAAAAUGAAUAUAAUUCAUUGUGCAGCGUCUCAUAGAUCAAGCUCGAUGGCUUCAGCGAAACUAAUUUAUCCUGCCGCCAAUCGCAACGCCGAUCCGAUCCUUGGCGUGAUAUCACCGUAUUUACAUCAAGGAAAUUUUCUCGAGAUUUCAUCGGGAUCCGGCCAGCACGUAGCGCACUUCGCACCCCACUUUCCUCAAGUCAUGUUUUACCCCUCCGAGUACGAGAACCGCUUAUUGGAGAGCAUCGAAGCCCACUGUCAUGGACUAAGUAAUGUCGCGAAGCCCGUGAUAAUCGACAUCACCAGCGACUUUCGCACCUGGCCUGGGCAAGGCAAGAUUUUCCGGGAGAAUAGCUUCGACUACAUCUACAACGCGAAUCUCAUGCACAUCUCACCUUUUGCGUGCUCUGUGGGCCUGUUUCGCAAUGCCGGCCACCUACUGAAGACCAAAGCUUUUCUUUUCACUUACGGGCCUUAUGCCUUCAAUGGCAAGUUGACGCCAGAGAGCAACGUCAGGUUCGACGAGAAUUUGAGAACUCAGAAUCCCGAGUGGGGCGUCCGAGAUAUCGAAGACUUGAAGAAGCUCGCCAGAGAGAAUGGGAUACAGCUGUUUGAAAGCAUCAACAUGCCGGCUAAUAAUAAGACUUUGAUCUGGCAAAAGGUCUGAAUGGGAUUAAGGACUUUUCUUCAUCGUGAUACUUGGGAGGGAUGGUGAAAAUUGUGAUAGGGAGAUGUAUACAAUCA